AUGGCCUGGGGACUACCCAGCACUGCCAGCCUGGCACGCUUCUGCCGGAAGCUGAACCGGCUGAAGACGCUGGAGGAGCCCACUACGAAGAGACCGCGGCAGCGCCACCUGACCAUGCUGGACCUGACCCUGCUGGGUGUGCGUGGCAUGGUGGGCUCAGGCCUCUAUGUGUUCACAGGCAUUGUGGCCAAGGGGAUGGCCGGCCCCGCAGUGGUUGUGUCUUUCAGCAUGGCUGCCGUGGUCUCCCUGCUGGCAGCUCUAAGCUACGCGGAGUUAGGGGCAUGUGUGCCCCUCACAGGCUCUGCCUACCUGUUCACCUACGUGUCCAUGGGUGAGCUGUGGGCCUUCCUCGUUGGUUGGAACAUAGUCUUCAGGUACCUCAUUGGUGGUGCCGCUGUGGCCCGUGCCUGGAGUGGCUAUCUGGAUGCCAUCUUUAGCCACAGCAUUCGCAGCUUCACCGAGGCCCAUGUGGGCAUCUGGCAGGUGCCCUUCCUGGCCCGGUACCCUGACUUCUUGGCUGCUGGCAUCCCACUUUUGGCCUCCGCUUUUGUCUCCUCUGGAACUCGCAUCUCUCCCUGCCUUGACCACACCCUGUCUGCCAUCAACCUGGUCAUCAUCCUCUUCAUCAUCAUCCUGGGGUUUGUCCUGGCCAGCCCGCACAACUGGAGCACUGAGGAGGGCGGCUUUGCACCCUUCGGCUUUCCUGGCAUCAUGACUGGUGCCGCCAUCUGCUUCUAUGCCUUCGUGGGCUUUGAUGUCAUCGCUGCCUCCAACGAGGAGGCCUGGAACCCAAAGCGAGCGGUACCUGUGGCCAUCGCCAUCUCACUUGGCCUGGUGGCUGGUGCCUACAUCCUCGUCUCCACUGUGCUCACCCUCAUGGUGCCCUGGCAUCGCCUGGACCCUUACUGGGCUCUCGCUGAUGUCUUCUACCAGCGGGGCUAUAGCUGGGCGGGUGUCAUUGUGGCAGGUGGUGCAAUCUGCGCCAUGACCACUGCUCUACUCAGCUACCUCUUUGACCUGCAAAUGAUCGCCCAUGCCGUGGCUGCCGACGGGCUCUUCUUCCAGGUGUUUGCCCAAGUGCAUCCCCGGACCAAGAUGCCCGUGGUGGGCAUCCUGCUGUUUGGGGUCCUCAUGGCCUUCCUGGCACUGCUGCUGGAUCUUGAUGCACUGAUCCAGUUCCUGUCCAUCUGCCCACUGCUGGACUACACAUUCGUGGCCACCAGCAUUAUCGUGCUACGCUUCCAAAAGCCCCAUUCAUCCAGCUCCUCCGCCUCAGGCAGCCCUGAGGGCACUGAGCCCGGGCAGCUGCGACCAGUCCUGAGGCCCUACCUCCGCUUCCUGGGUGGGUGCAGACCUGGAGACGCUGUGGCUUGGGCCCUCGGUGUCCUGGUGGCCUCGGCCAUCACCCUGGACUGUGUGCUGGUCUUUGGGGACUCGGCCCUGCACCUCCCGCCCUGGGGCUACACCCUGCUGCUCCUGCUCAGCUCUACCACGUUUCUGCUCAGUCUCCUCGUCCUGGGGGCCCACCAGCAGCAGCGCCGGCAGGACACCUUUCAGGUUCCCAUGGUGCCCCUGACUCCCGCCCUGAGCAUCCUCCUCAACAUCUUCCUCAUGCUGCACCUGAGCUAUGUGACCUGGCUGAGCUUCUCCAUCUGGCUGCUGAUUGGACUCACGGUAUAUUUUGGCUACGGCAUCUGGCACAGCAAGGAGAACUCCAGGAGCAGCUAA